UCGAGGAAGAGAGAGUCAGUAGCGAGCGAGACGUCAGAGGAAGGCGACGCUCUCUCUCAAAGUCCCACCAUGGCUCCGGACACCGCAAAAAAGGGGAAAUCUACGCCCAAAGUAUCUCAGGAACUACCAUCAUUUGAGAAGAUGAUGGUCAAAUUCAGACAUGGUGACUCUCAGAUGUGGUGGAUAGUGUUUGGUGUGAUUUGCCUUUUGACCGCAGCAACAAGGUUUUACAAAGUUGGAGAGCCAGAACAUGUUGUUUGGGAUGAAACUCAUUUUGGGAAGUUUGGAAGUUGGUACAUUAACAGAACGUUUUUCUUUGAUGUUCAUCCUCCUCUUGGAAAGAUGAUGAUUGGAGCCUUUGGUUACUUGACUGGAUAUGAUGGGACAUUUCCAUUUGUCAAGCCUGGGGACUCGUAUGAAGGAGUCAACUAUCUGGGUAUGAGAGUGUGUUGCACUGCCUUGGGGGCUUGCUUGGUACCAUUUGCCUUCAUUAUUGUCUGGGAGAUGACCCAUUCUCUCCCAGCAGCAGCCCUGGGGUCUUCUCUUAUUCUUUUUGAUAUUGGUUUGCUGACACUAAAUCAGUACAUUUUACUGGAUCCAAUUCUGCUUUUCUUCAUCAUGGGAUCUGUGAUGGGCAUGAUGAAGUUCCUUAACCAGCAUGAGAGGCCCUUCUCAGUUGGUUGGUGGGGCUGGCUGACUUUCACUGGGGUGAUGUUAUCGGGAUCAGUAUCUGUCAAAUUUGUGGGCUUGUUUGUGGUGUUGUAUGUUGGCCUCCACACCAUUAAGGAGCCCUUCUCACUCUAUGUUGGGAAGCAUUUUAUUGCUCGUGCUAUGGGUCUUAUUGUCCUCCCAAUUGUGUUGUACUGUGUGUAUUUUUACAUUCAUCUGACAGUUCUGAGCAAAAGUGGUAAUGGAGAUGGCUUCUAUAGUUCUGCUUUCCAGUCCCAGUUAGAAGGCAAUUCCUUAUACAAUGCCAGCAUGCCAUUAGAACUUGCAUAUGGUGCUGAAAUCACUCUGAAGAAUGCCCGCACAGGUGGAGGCUAUUUGCAUUCCCACAUUCAUUUAUAUCCUGAAGGCACUGGAGCUCGGCAACAACAGAUCACCACCUAUUCCCAUAAGGAUUACAAUAACAAAUGGUUGGUGAAGAAAUGGAAUGAAGAACCAGGUGACUGGGAGGAUGAUGAUCCUGUAGAGCUGGUGAAAAAUGGUGAUCUCAUUCGUUUAGAGCAUGUCCCGACUGGAAGAAACCUCCACUCACAUCGUGAACAGGCUCCUGUCACUAAGCGACACCAUCAAGUAACAGGGUAUGGUGAAAAUGGAGUUGGAGAUGUGAAUGAUGUGUGGCGUGUAGAAGUAAUUAACGGAGAAGAGGAGGAAAUUGUGAAAACAGUGGUUCACAAAUUACGCUUUGUGCACUAUCUAGUUGGCUGUUCACUGAUGUCCCACAAUAAGCAACUGCCUAAGUGGGGCUUCGAACAGAUGGAAGUGACAUGCAAUCCCAACGUACAUGAUCCUAAUAAUGUUUGGAAUAUUGAGGAUAAUGUUUUCCCAAAAUUACCCAAUACCAGUUUUGAGAUUUAUGCACCUAAUUUCUUGGAGAAAUUCUUUGAAGCCCACACUGUAAUGUUCCAAGGAAAUUCUGGGCUGAAACCCAAAGAAGGAGAGAUCACCUCACAGCCCUGGCAGUGGCCAAUUAACAUCAAGGGUCAACAUUUUUCAGGUGGGAAUCCUCGAAUAUACCUCCUUGGAAACCCAAUUGUAUUUUGGGGCAACUUAGUGGCUCUGGUAGCAUUCUUCUACCUCUACAUCUUGCAUUCCUUCCAAAUCAAAAGGGGAUAUUAUAUUUCUCCAGCUGUUGGAGUUUAUGGUCAGUGGUUCUCCGCUAUCGAUGGAUACAAAGUUUACCUGUUGGGUAAUCCCAUCAUUUGGUGGGGUAACCUAGUUGUGUUGGCUGCUUUUGUGCUGGUCUAUAUCUACAAUGCUUACAGGACUCAAAGAGGACUUAAGGAUGAUGCUGCAACAAGAGCCCGACGUGAGAAGGCCAUAGGAGCCUGUGGGUGGCUAGCUGUGGCAUGGGCACUUCACUACCUGCCCUUCUUUGCCAUGGGUCGUAUUUUGUACUUCCACCACUACUUCCCAGCUCUGCUCUUCUCUUCCAUGCUUACAGGUGUUAUCCUUGAUUACCUUCUGGAGUCGAUUCCGAAUCUGGUUCCUCCAUUCCUGUCUGUGUCAGUGUAUCACUGGAUGACUGGUUUGGUUUAUUCAGUCCUUGCUUACAGUUUUUAUAUAUUUGCACCCCUUGCAUACGGAAUGCAUAAUCUGGAACCAGGCUUUGAGAAUGGCACCAUUCAGAACAUCCGCUGGCUCGACUCAUGGGAGUUCUAAAUCAUGAGUUUAGGUCCAAUAAGAGGAAUAAAUUGUACAUGGGAUAUGUGUGAAUCUCAUUUAGUAGUUCUGAUACAUGUGGUAUAUAAAAAAAGCUGUUGCUGGAGACAAGCUAAGGAAGACAUGUAUUGAAUAAAUGCUAACAACAAAGCACAUUGUUGUUAUUUGAGGAUUAUAUGAAAGAAUAAGAUAUUACAAAAUAACUCCAGUAAUUCAUGUCACCCUUGAUCUACUAUGCUAUAGGGAGGAAUUAUUCUGUAUAUUGUUAUGAUAUUAUUGUUGUUGUUAUUUCAUACAUAGGAAUAUGUAUGGUUUGUGAAUAAUCCUUCUUGUUUUUCAUAGGAAGUCAAUGUUGAUGGGCAUCUUAAAUUUAUUCGAUUUAUUAUUGUGAGGAGGAUUGAACAAAAAUUCUUUCAUGUUAUGUAUGAUCUGAUCGUUAUGAGAAGCAGAUCUUUGAAUUUAAGAUAUUUUUUUGAGAUCUGUUUGUUUGUUUAAAAAUGUUUUGUUGUUCAUUGAUAAUUAAUUGAAAUUUAAUGUAUGGUAAUUAUUUUACAAAAUCAUAUUUUUGUACUCUUUCUAAUAAAGAUUCUGGUUAGCAUAUAAA